AUGGCACGCGGGUUCACCGGCUCCGACGCCCUGACGGCGCUCACCCACCGCCUCGCCGACCAGUUGUCGGUCACCAGGGAAACCCCCAGCAACGUCGCCUUCUCGCCGCUCUCUAUCUACUCGGCCCUAUCCCUGGUGGCCGCCGGGGCCCGGGGCAGCACCCUGGACGAGCUCCUCGCCGUCCUCGGCGCGAGCUCCCGCGACGAACUCGCCGCGAACGGCCGCUUCGUGGCGGAGCACGCGCUCGCCGACCGCUCGCCAUCAGGUGGGCCACGCGUCGUGUUCGCCUCCGGCGUGUGGCACGACGCGGGGCGGCCGCUGGAGCCGGCCUACAGGGAGGCCGUCGCCGCGUCCUACUUGGCCGAGAUACGCGCCGUCGACUUCCGCAACAAGGCGGACGAGUCGAGGGAAGAGAUCAACAAGUGGGUCGCGGCGGCCACGGGCAACCUCAUCGACUCGAUCCUCCCCGCUGAGUCGGUGGGCGAGGACACGGCCGUGGUGCUCGCCAACGCCAUCUACUUCAAGGGCAAGUGGGAGACGCCAUUCAAGAAGAAGAAGACCAAGGUGGAGCGGUUCUACCUCCUGGACGGGACCGCCGUGGAUGCGCCCAUGAUGCGCACCGGGCGGAGCCAGUACAUCGACGAGCACGACGGCUUCAAGGUGCUCCGGCUGCCGUACAGGUCCAAGGACCCCGGCGCCUCCAAGAAGCGGCGACGCGGCACCUCGUCCGGCGACGAUCCUGCCCCGCCACUACCGCGCUACUCCAUGUGCGUCUUCCUGCCGGACGCGCGCGACGGCCUGUGGGACCUCGUCGGCAAGAUCGCGUCCAGCCCGAGCUUCCUGCGCGACCACCUGCCGGAAUACGAGGUCGAUGUCGACGAGUUCCGCCUGCCCAAGUUCAAGGUCUCCUUCUACGGCAAGCUGUCCGGGGUGCUUGGGGAUAUGGGACUCGUGGCCGCGUUCAAGGCCGACAAGGCUGACCUGACUGGCAUGGCGCCCGACGUCGAGGAUACCUCUGGGGACAUAAAGCGGCUGGUGCUCAAGGACGUUUUCCACAGGGCGGUGGUCGAGGUGAACGAGGAAGGCACGGAGGCGGCGGCAGUAACCGUCUGUGAGGAGGAAGAUGAAUCGGCCUGUCAGCCGGUGGAUUUCAUCGCCGACCAUCCGUUUGCCUUCUUUGUGAUCGAGGAGGUGUCCGGUGCCGUCGUCUUCGCCGGCCAUGUGCUUGAUCCUACAAAACACCAAGACACAUUACACGACGUGGAUUAG